UCCCCGGCCGCACGCGCGGCGGGGUUCAGCACCUCGGAAAGCGCCCCCUCUCUUGGCGUAGGGGGUUACGCAUGCUCCUUGGGGCCGGCUGCCGCGGCUUUGUGGGUGCGAAUAUAACUCGGGUAAGCAACUCUGGUAACUCUCUGGGAAGUACCGAUAGCGGGUACAACAGCUACAGACCUCCAAGCAGUAAGAGGGAGGUAGACGUGACUUCACGUGCUCUACUUUUCCUUAAAAGGACGGAAACCUCGUCCGAGCAGCAGAGAAAACCAACAAAGGUACUGGAAAGAAAAGGAACCGGCCCGGAAUCGCGCUCCUGAGCAGCCAGAAGGGUUUUGCGCCAGUGCCCAAGUGACAGUGGCAAAGGAGGAGGAAAGUCUUAGGUGCGUACUAGGGACUCGGGAAACUCCAACUUUAGACCGAGAAACCUUGGACGCAGGUCGCUUUCCUGGAGAGCUGCGUUCCUUUUUGGAGCAUCUAAAGCAGACGCUGAGCUCAACUCCUGUGCCCAGAGCUGCUUGUCGCGCGCACCGGAAGCCAUCCGCAACCAGUUCGUAGGCUCUAUCUAUCUUCAGCGGCUAUUUUGAAAGCUCCCGCGCACACCUCGCCUGUUCUCCUGGGGAUCACACCACGGGCGAACUGUGCUUCCUUAGUUCUUAUGCACCGGAAUAUGAACUAGGGGUAUCUGCUCAUACAGGUGGUUGAAACAAUCACGACGGCCACCAUGAAUAAGGCGGCUGGAGGUGACCAGCUCGCAGAACUCUUCAGUCUGAUCCCAGGCCUCCUGGAGGCGGCCAACAGGAGUGGCAACGCCUCGCUGCAGCUUCAGGAUUUGUGGGAGCUGGGGCUGGAGUUGCCGGACGGAGCGGCGCCGGGGUAUCCACCCAGCAGCAGUGGGGCCGAGAGCUCGGAUGCAGAGGCCCGGGUGCGGAUCCUCAUCAGUGCGGUGUACUGGGUGGUUUGCGCACUGGGGCUGGCGGGCAACCUCCUUGUGCUCUACCUGAUGAAGAGCAAACAGGGCUGGCGCAAAUCCUCAAUCAACCUCUUCGUUACCAACCUGGCGCUGACGGACUUUCAAUUCGUGCUCACUCUGCCCUUCUGGGCGGUGGAGAACGCGCUGGACUUCAAGUGGCCCUUCGGUAAGGCCAUGUGUAAGAUCGUGUCUAUUGUCACCUCUAUGAACAUGUAUGCCAGCGUCUUCUUCCUCACUGCCAUGAGUGUGGCGCGCUACCAUUCUGUGGCAUCAUCCCUUAAGAGCCACCGGACCCGAGGGCACGGCCAUGGCAACUGUUGUGGACAGAGCCUGGGAGAGAGCUGCUGCUUCUCAGCCAAAGCUCUGUGUGUGUUGAUCUGGGCUUCGGCUGCUCUGGCCUCGCUGCCCAAUGCCAUUUUCUCCACCACCAUCAAGGUGAUGGGUGAGGAGCUGUGCCUGGUGCGCUUCCCUGACAAGUUGCUGGGUGGCGACAGGCAGUUCUGGCUUGGCCUGUACCAUUUGCAGAAAGUGCUGCUAGGCUUUGUGCUGCCCCUAGGCAUCAUCAGCCUGUGCUACCUGCUGCUGGUGCGCUUCAUCUCAGACCGCUGCGUGGUGGGGACCGAAGUAGGGACAGCAGCUGCUGGGGGAAGCCUGUCUGGAGCUAGCGCUAGGAGACGGUCCAAGGUCACCAAAUCAGUGACCAUCGUGGUCUUAUCUUUCUUUCUGUGUUGGCUGCCUAACCAGGCGCUCACCACAUGGAGUAUCCUCAUCAAGUUCAACGCGGUACCCUUCAGCCAGGAGUAUUUCUUGUGCCAGGUGUACGCGUUCCCGGUGAGCGUGUGUCUGGCGCAUUCCAACAGCUGCCUUAACCCAAUACUCUACUGCCUAGUGCGCCGCGAGUUCCGCAAGGCGCUCAAGAACCUGCUGUGGCGUAUCACGUCGCCUUCGCUCACCAGCAUGCGCCCUUUCACAGCUACCACUAAGCCAGAGCCAGAGGAUCACCGGCUGCAGGCUCUGGCGCCACUCCACGCAGCUGCUGAACCUGACGUGCUCUACUAUCCGCCUGGUGUAGUGGUCUACAGUGGGGGACGCUACGACCUGCUGCCCAGCAGCUCAGCCUACUGAUGUGGACUAAGACUCGUGGUACACGUGGAACAGCAAGGCUGCCUUGGGGCAGGGAAGCAAGGGAAUCGCUUACUGGAGGAAAAGCGGAGGGACUCUGCAUCAAGAAUUAGGUGGGAAAGGGAUGUGGAGACCUAUGGAGCAGCGGCCAGUGAAAAAGCUGGAGGCACUUCUGUGGAGAAAUGUGAAAUCAGGUGAAGAAAGGAAGUAGGCAAAGGAGUGAAGAUCAGCCCUCUGGACCGGAGCUCGAGGCUUGGCUGACCCUCCUACCCCAAUGCAGAGUCCUCUCCUAAUGCUGCUCACGUUGUACAGGGUGUGGGUGCCCAGAAGUAGAGAGGCAGCAAGGAAGUAGAGAAAUUGGGGCAAAAGGGAGUGAGGAUCAGCCAAAUCAUGUGGGAACAACUGGGCCCUUAUUUCAGCUAUUUUAUGACAUUCUUGAUGGGGCCCUUAAGGUGCAUGCAGGCAGGAGAGCCAUCCAGGAAACCUUUGUUUUGAGCUUUGACUCUUGAGACUGCAAAGGCUUACUUGCUGUGUGGCUGCCCUGGGAGCCUUGAGUUUGGGGAAAGAAACCUUCUCGGAGUUGAGGAAAUCGAGUGACCCUGUUGACCCUUCCCAGGAGAAAUGGUGAGGGAAAGGCACUCCAGGGCAGCCAGACAGAGCAAGCAGGCUCAAGCUGAGCCUUGCUGGAAGGGCCUGACUUCUGUGAUCAGCUGUCACUAGGGGCAAAACACCUGUCCUCAGUUUAGAUGAAAGAUCCACUGGAGAGUGGAUCUUUGCUCUGUGGGAAACAGCAGUGCAACUGGAAGAGCUGAAAAGGGAAAUUUAUUUCGUCUACAGACGGUGAAGGAAAAAGGGAACUCAAAUUUAGCAUUCCCUGGAAAGCCUAAUUCCCUGGGUGCUCUAGUUUCUCUGGAGAACAUUCUGGGUUCCUGGAGACACCAUUCUCUCUAGUCAGUCACUGCAGGUGAGCUGGACUCAGGAGCAUCUUGAAAAGCCCUCCUGGUAUCUAGGGUUGAGGGGAGGGUUCUACAGCCCUUCCUUCCUCACUCUGGGAAUUGGAAUGCCACGUUGAUGGAGACUCUGGAUCAGGAAGUAGAGGGAUGAUUCAGAUUUCAUGUUGGAUUAAAAGAGCAAGAAAUGCUGUAGAAAUGUGCAGGGCUUACUGCAGACCAGAUGCUAGAUUCCUAGAAGCUGGUGUUGGAUCAUUCAAGAGAAUGUGUGGGAUGGGAACAAGAAUGGAAAACCAAAGUAAAAUCUUUAUCCUAAAGGAACAAGUGGAUUGAAGAGGCUGCUCUGAGGGGCUUAUCAUAACUUCAGGUGUGAGAUUAUUUAUUGCUCACAGCAUUCACAUGGGAAGGUAAGAUAUAGGAGAUUACCUUAACAACGUGUAUUUAUUUUAAAGAGUGUAUUGCUCAUUGAGCAUGCAUGAUAAAUUCUUUCUCAACUUCCAGACAGUCAGUGGGGCUGUCUCUGAGGAGCAACUUUUGUUGCUCAUGGCAACUCUGUUAUUGUAGCAGUUUAAGAUGCUAAAAUCCUCACAGUGUCCUUUCUUGAGGCUAUUCUGAGAAUUGAAAUUAAGCAUCAGUCUACCUGCCCAUCUGCUGGGACAGAUAGAGGUGCUACUGUUCUCUUUGGCAAGUUGUUUGGGGAUCAAGAAGCUGUUAAUGCAAGCACCUCCUGGGAUGGUCAUUCUAAUACAAUAAAUAAUCAUUAGAAAAACAUGUCUGUUUAAAUAGCCUCUUCAACUGUGGAAGUGUUUAUAAUUUUGUUGAAAAAUUCCUAUAGUGUCUGGAAUUUAAGGCUUAAAAUGUGAGAUCAUCCCUUGUCCCACUUUCUGUAACACAACACAGUGGAAUUGCUAAACAUUCAUAUACUUUGCCACAAAACCCAAAACUGCCCAUUUCAAUUCUGAGAAGUAUUACGAAGUUAACUCUUUUUGAAUACAGAAUGGUUCUUCUGUUUCAAAGCAAUUAAAUAAAACUUUGUUCUUUAGGAAAAAAAGAAUCUAUCAAUAAUAGUAGUAAUCAGGCUAAAAAGGUUGAAACAGAAGCUCUCUUCAUCUCUAAAAUACAAAUAUAGGGAAAAAUCAAUGUAGGAAAUAAUAAAUAGCAGUAUAGACAUGCACAACACUGAUUUUAGACUCUUACUGAAAGAUUCUUAUUAUAGUAACUUAAUAUUAUAGUUUUGACAAUAAAAUUAUGUGUGGGUAACUUAUAAUUCUCAGGAAAAUACAUUAAAGAGUGUGCUUCUACUGCUGUGGAGACUAGAAAAAGAGAAGAAAAAGGACGAGAGGGCAAGGUCUUCAUGAAAAAUUCUGUAACCACUGUCACCUGUCCAAACCCAAAGCUUAAGGCUUCUAAGAAAAUGGCAGAAGGAACCAAAGACCAUGACUUCUUUCCACAUAAGGACACAAGAGUGGACAAGGAAGUGGUCAAAUCCAUUGAAAUCUACAGUGAUCCUUUGUAUGCCUAUUUUGUACAAGACUCUGUGUUGGGGGCUGAGCUCAUGCACCUGAACAGACACAUUUCUGACUUCUACAUUCAGAAGGACAGACAGCCAGUGAUAUGAUAUAAGACAGGGCAAAUUAAUUGGAGGUCACUGUAAGGCUAAAAUAAAAUGCAGAGGGAAAAGGAGGGGAGGGCCAGAGACUUCUUGGUCAAAAUAGUAUUUGAGAUGGGCCUGGAAAUAUGGGUAUAAAAAAUUUAGGCAGAAUGAGGGGGAGGUUAGAGAAGGUAGAUGGGACAUGUGAGGCUGAGGAAGAGUGGUGACUAAAGAAUUCAAGGUCAAAAUGUCAGAUGAUGGAUUAGGGAAGCAGGUAGCAAAGCAGUGUAGCUUCCCUUUCUCCUAUGACACUUCCUGGGAUCUCUAUUUAAAAUAUAUGUCUCUGGGCAUGUAUUUGCUUGGGAAGAGAAUUAUUUUUUGGCUAGAUCAUGUCAUCAGUGUAUUGAGAAUAAAUACUUGGGUUCCCAAG